AAAGUGUCAUAAAAUUCAUUACUAAGAAAACUCAUCAACAUUAUGAGCCUCAACUAACUUGUUGCCAGCUUCAACUUUCAUUUCAUGUAUUUAUACACACUUCACAUCUUCUCAUUUUCCAUCACUUUUUUAAUAUUAGUAAUAAAUAAACAACGCCGCGUAGAGAAGGAAGAAUGGUCUGCUUUUGUUUUCUGGUGGACCAGACUAAGGAGAUGCAGCGGAGCAAGCCGGCGGCGGGAACUUGCUCACGGUGCGGCGGAGGUGCUAGCGUGGCGGACAUGAAGACUGCUACUAGAUUUUGCUAUGUUCCGUUUUAUACCAAAUCUUGGAGAGCUAUUGUUUGUACUUUUUGUGGAGCUGUUCUUCGUUCUUACCAACACUAAGAUAGUAGUGUGCUAAGAUCGAGUAUUUAAUUAAUAAGAUUAAUUUUUAUUAGUAGAUAAGUAUAUUUAAUUAGUACUAACAUAUGGAUAUUGUUAAUUUUCCAUUAUCCAUGAGAAUGAAUGAGAUUCUAUAUUUUAUUAUUUAUUUACAUAUUUUGUUAGUUUUUCUAAUAAUACAUAUUUGAAUAUUUCUCUCUUUUCCUUUCUUGGAAUAUAGAAUGCUUUGUGGCUUUGUUUUUU